GACCUUCCUCCUCCCCCUCGUCCUCCUCCUCCUCGGCACGGACGCGCCCACCCCUUCAGCGGAGCGGAUGAGCGCGGUGAGUGGAUGCUCUGACGCUGGAGCGCAGUGGGGGAACGCCGAGUGGGACGGUGGGCGCAGUCUGAGAGAAAAUACACGGCAAAAGACAAGUUGGGAACUUAAUCUCAAACUCGGAGCGGUCAAAGGACAAAGUGACGGGUCAACAUGACGUCUUUGAUGAACUCUGCGUGUCUGCUCUUCUUGCCUGUUGCUCUGCUUCUGAUGCUCAGCCCCUGCCCUGUCACCGUAGCCUCAGCCAGAAGGUGUCACUCCAUCUACAAGGGUUUCGCCCAGUGUCUGAUGGCUCUGGGAGACAGUCUGACAGACAACGCCCGCAAGGACGAGGACGUACAUGAGAUACACUCCAUCUGCAGGUCGUGGGACGAGUUCCACGAUUGCGCCAACGUGGCAAUGGCCGGCUGUCCGGAGGAGGCCGCCGCCGUCUGGGAGUCCCUGCGCCAAGAGUCCAAGAAGAUGCAGUUCUCCGGAAACCUCUACGACAUGUGCUCCAACCGCGACGGCCACGCGGCCCCGUCCGCCUCCCCGCACGGCCCCCCCAGCCAGGAGGAGCUGAACCAGGAGUCCCUCAGAGGCGGCAGCCGUCAUCGGGGCUGCCCCCCCCUCCUCGCGCUCCUGCUGCAUCUGCUGCUCGCCUUCCUUUGGAUAGAACUGCCACGGCACAUGUAAACUCUGUGUUUGCUCCACUCGUCCACAGACUCAGUGUUUCCUCUGCUCCGCCAGGGGUUGAUUUCUUCUAACUGCAUGUCUGGACGCCCGACAGGCUUUUUGAUAAUGUAUCUUUAAACUGCCUGUGCCGUUUCAUGCAUAUCUCUGCCUUUCUAUCAGUCUCUCUGUUGGAAACACACACAGUUCAUACAGAGACACUCUAACACUCUACAACAACAACCUCAUGUGUUGUUACAUUAUGUCCUACUACAUAUAGUGAGUUUAAGCAGAAGUUUCAGGGGAGUCUGUCCGAGUAAGGGAAUAUAAUAAUAACAGCUGGUACCUGACAGAACAGAGACCAAAAGUUUUAUUAUGUCUCCAGUGACCUACUUUAUGUUAUUUUUCCCUUCACUCUCUUUUAUUGCUCCUGUUUGUGUGACCAAGUGUAAAUAUCCACAUUUCCACCGGACGCAACAGAAAAAGAAAAUGCGAAUGUAAAAACACUGCCGUGAGUAACAAAGGCUGAUCAGCCCCAGUCAGGAAGGAGGGAACGUACAGGGCACAGACGUGAUGUCAUUGAAUUCAUCAGCAAGAGUGCACGCAAGUCUCUUUACGCUCAAAUUGAAAAGCAGCCUCACUGACAAGCGAAGAUGUGAAUGCUUGACUUUUUAAACAUAAGUCCGAUGUUUAGUUUGUAACUACUCUCUCCUGUCACCUGAACGUGAAGUCAGUCUCCAUAAAGGCUCAGCGGGCACCUCCCUCCAUUCCAUUGGCCUGAACGCGCAGGCUCUUAGCCAGGACUGGUGCCGAACGGUAAAUUGGUUUGGGGAAUACCGGUGUGUGUGUGGGAGCGCUCCGGGAUGCGGGAGCGUUGUUUUGAUGCGGUGAAAAACCUAGAUUGUUUUUUAGCUGUCUUUGAGAAACAACAUGAUCUGAGGGAAUAUGAAAUAUCAAAGUCAUCAAACCAGCAACGGCGGCUUUGAAUGCUUGUCGUCACACUGAGCACACACACUCACCCCAUAGGAUCAGGAGGAUAUAAAGGAGUGAAUACAGUCAGGAUGAUGAAGGAACGUUUGAAUAGCUGCAGCCUCCACAGCAGCGCUGGAAAACCUCACACUGUAAACUGGAGGUGCAUUCAGCUGGUUGUAGUUUUAAGUCAUUAACCUAUUGUGCAUCUUUUUAUUUUGGCUUUUAGCUGCAGCUACUGUGUGUGAAGUUGAAGUGAAGUCAUACUGUGCUGGAGUUGAAUUUCACUUGGUGUUUGUCCAGGAAUCCUCCGGGGUUCCCUGUUUGGCAUCCAGCGUUGCAGCCCUGCAGCAGGGGACCAAUAUGUCCUCCCGUCAGAAUCCCAGUCCUCGUGCAUGCCAAGUGUGCUUCAUGCUCCGGGAGUGUGGCCCCCACCGGAGCUGCUUGUUAUUCUAAGUGGCUGCAGGUAACAGUUGUUUCUGUCUGGCCUGGGAUCAGAAAUACUAUCAGAUUAGAGACAGAGAGCGAGGAGCACACCUGGAAAACAAACAGCAUUCUGCUUAGCGGAAGAUUGAAUCCUGGAGAAACGUGUGGAGCGUGCGUUACACAGGGGGGCUUAAGGUGGCUGCUUUACUAUCUUCACAACAAAUAAAUCAAAGCCGGGCCGACUUUAAAGAGUUAUUCUGGAAUAACUAUCAUAAGAAUAUGAGAAGCACAGAACAAAAUCCUCACGACGGUUGUAAAUAAAUCUCAGCUGAUAAGCCACAGAUAUAAACGUAUUAAACCACCUACAUGGCUGAAUUAGAGUUCAGGCAGUUGUACAGAUGUGUCAUUUUUUUGUCCUUGUUCACAUCGGUAUAAACCAUUGACUUGUUUCUAAAUACUUAUAUGUGUAUAAGUGUUCAGAAUAAAACCAGCAGCUUCUGGGAGGCCACUGGCAGAAAACACUGUGAGGUAAACACUGUGAAAAGUGCAAGGCUGAAGGAGUGAAGCAGAAGGAAAAAAAGAGACUGAAAUCAGCCCACAGCUAUUUUUCACAUAAGGGACUCAGCUCAGCGAUAUGCUUGGAUGUCUUAAAAGAGGCUGCUGUAGGUCUGAACUUUAAUUAAACUGACAGAAACAGCAAUUAGCAGCCUUAAUGGCUGAAUCACCAAGGCGCAGCGCUUUGAAAGCUAUCUUCAUAGAGCUCAGAUAAGAGGCUGUCACUAGAGGCUAGAAUCUGAUUCAAUCACAGGCCGGAGGCUUCGUACAGUAGGAAAACCUGACUGAACGCUUGAAUGAACCCUACAGUGAGUCCAGCCGCCGUAGCCUCCCAAUCAGCAUCACUUGUCCAGGACAGUAACUUCAGAUUCAAUUUAGAGUCUGCUCUGCUCUGAGGUGUUGCGUUCGUUGCGAAAUCACGUUUUAUGAGAAGAUGUGUUUGGUGUAGUGUCGGCGGACAAAUGUGAUUUUCUAACGGUUUUCAAUAACGCUGUGGUGUAAAGACAAUGUUAUUGACCAGAACGGAGCAGGGGGGUUAUUCUCCAGCACUGCAUCACACACUAUACAUCUCUUUACCCCGGUGCUCUGACAAAUAGGUUGAAUUGGGCAGAGAGGCCUGCAGGAGAAUGAGAAGCGGUGUUAAACACCAAUGCAUCAUUGUCACAUUAGCGGUGGAGUAUGUGUUCAGUGUUAUUACUGGGAACAAACACUGGUGUCAAUUUGCUGCAUAAAUCUAGUAUCUGUAGAGAUUGAUUUCCCACCAACACUCAAGGAUACAUGUGCAAUGCUCGUUGGAGCAGUCAUGAGUUAACACAUGGAUAUUUACGCAAUAAAGAAAUACUGGAACACUUUGAAAUUACAGUUUAGAUGGUGAUAUGUGCAUAUUUGAACACACACCCUUAAAAAACACACACCGAACUCCAGAAUUCAUCAAAUAAGGCUGGAGUCAACUAAAAGAAACAAAAAUAGAUUUUAGAAAAUUAUGCAACUGCAACUUAUUAAAGAAACAUACUAAAUUGCUGGUCAAAGCUUUUUGCAGUGUGAAGCUGGGAGAGAGACCGUCGACAGCAGCUUGUGUGUAUAAUAAUCUGGCCGGGAAGUUCUGCUGGAACGCCGGGAAUCAGACAGACGAACUCUCUCCUGGGCACCACAUUAAUAUACUCGCCUCCAGCAAGCUUCUGCGAGCGCAGCUGCGCGUAUUUUCGGACUCAAAGUUCAAACCUGACGCUUCCCAGCUUUAAUUACCGCCGAGACAAAGCAGAAACGACUAGGAAAAGAAAAUUUGGAAAAAAAUAAAUGAUAAGUUAGACUCGAAUGUGUUGGCGAUCCUAAUGAUGGAGGCGCUCGCUGAUAGGAGACAAGUCAGCUUUCCCCUUUUUGUUGAGGAGUGUCUAAUGAACCUGAACGCCUCCUCGUUCCUUUAUUGAAGCACCCACACACACCUAAACACACAAAUAAAUUGACACAGCUACUUGUAAAUAUGGACAAAUCACCAUCAUUACAUGAACGGCACACACUGACGGGUUGCAUCACAUCACUGUGUAUAGUGUGAAUAAUUUCACUUCUGUGAAUACCAAUGUAAAUAGCAGUAUUUCAUUUGUAUAUGGACAAUGUCAUGUAUAAUGUAUACUUCAAGUGCUCCUUUUGAAGCUUCACCACAUAUUGUUUGUGCUUCACAUUGUUUAUAUUGCUGAGCGUGACUUUCAGUUGGAAUUUGGACUUGGCUACAAGUGUCAUUGUUCUGGUCCAAGGAGGGGUUGGGGGGGAGCCUUGUUUCAUUCAAGGCUCUCGCAGACACAGACAAUCUUUGCCUGAAACUGACACAAAGUGUAAAAGGACUGGACGCAGCACUGAUUGGCUAAAAAAAAGUCUCUUACUGAAUGUCCACCUUUGUGUUCCACCAGUAGUCCAACGUACAGUCAACUGUUCAAGAGACAAAAAAGGGACUUCUAUUUAUUCACAAUAUAUUGUUGUCUUUGUAUCUUUGAUUGUGAUGCUGUGUUCAGUUUUGUGAUUAACUGCGUGUGAGAGACUGGGAGCAGAACGCAGCCAUGUUCAAACAGCGCUACCUUUGUUCUGCGUGAAUCUGUGCACAUGUCAAUCCAACAAUCCAGCAAAGUGGAACUGUUUGCUUUCAUCUUAUCCAAAACCUGAUUAAACACACGGACAGUUGUAAGCAGCGCUCAGCAUUCGCCCAUGCACAACUGUAUAUUCACUGGUCAUGAGGAUGAUUGGGACCAUCAUCAUCCAGCUUUAGUUCUGUAACAUUUGCUAUGGCAUUUGCCCCUAGAACCAUCUGGCUCACUGUGGAGAGGACUCCAGACUAAGUCCUCACACCUCUACUGUAUUUGACCUGCUCAUUUAAGAGAAACAGCUUCACUUCGGCCUCGGCAAUAAACAGCACAUGGCUCCACAAGCUGCCGUUAGUUUACAUACAGUUUGACACAAACCUCCGUAGGUUCAUGUUCUUUUAGACGAAGGAGUUUAUUUCCUGACAAACAUUCCAUGGGAUUUAAUCUGGAACCCAGUGAGGCCUGUAGGGUCUGAGGCGUGGCAGUGUGACCUGGGUCAGCCACAGCUCCACGCUCAAGGUCCAAAGUCCAAAGUGGCUGGUCGGAGGUCACAUACCUUCAUGCUGUGAGCAGAUGAAAUUGAUAAUUGUUAAUUUGAUGAUCAAAUUAACAGAAGAGGUACUGCACUGAGCCCGACCUCAUCAUUGCAGCUGAAUAAACUGCUCUUUUCUAGCGCUUCUCAAACACGCCGUUCAAUCUCUCCUGCCCGUUGUUAGAGAUACAGUGUGGCCUCCACCAUUCUGUGACGUGUGUUAACGCAACACACCUGCUGUAUGUGAAGCUGUCCUCUGCUAAUCCUGCCUCCUAUCCAACAGAUGGAAGAUGCUAACAUCCCAGUUGGUUUGUCUUAGAUGGAGCAAUUUGAGGUUUCAAAUCUGACUUUGUGUUUUUAUUUGUCCUUGGUUUUCCUUAGUUUUGCCUGCUGGGGUCACGCUGCCCUUCCUUUUCUACAGGUCCUUGUAUCAUCCAUGUAGUUGGUUUUGCUACCUUUAUAGAAAAUCAUUAAAUUGACGCUGAGUGA